ACUUCCGUCUCCUGUAGUUCCUUCAGCCGUGAUUUUAACAUAAAAUGUUUUGAUUCCUUAUUUUAACUGGAACAGAUGUGUCUUGACUUUAUUUUUUGCGUUGCAGUGAAAAAGUGAGCGCUGAGGGACUGGACUGCUCCUGAACUCUGUUUUGAGGUAUGGAGGACUCCAGCGACCCGCAUGAUGUGUAUGGCAUCCAUGAAGCCUCUCCCUGGGCCGACAGCCAAUCCCAGCAAGAUGAUGAGGAUCGAGACAAAGUGGAUUCCCUCAGAAGGAAGAUCAAAUAUUACUUCAUGAACCCUUGUGAGAAAUACCAUGCUCGUGGACGAAAACCAUGGAAACUCAUACUGCAGAUUGUCAAAAUUGCCUUUAUCACCAUUCAGUUGGUGUCAUUUGGCCUGAGCAACCAGAUGGUUGUUACAUUCAAGGAAGAAAAUCUGAUGACAUUCAAACACCUCUUCCUAAAAGAUUAUGUUGAUGGAGGCAUGGACACAUAUGCUUUGUACAGACAGUCAGAUACUUAUGAUCACAUCUAUCACAUCAUUACACAGUUUGGACUUCUGCAUAACACCACAGUUGGUAAUCAUGAAUAUGAGAGAAAUGGUGGCAUCUACACCCCGCUGACCCUGUGUCAGGAGUUCUACAGGAAUGGGACCAUCUACCCUGGAAACGAGACCUUUGAAAUUGACACUCACGUCGACACCGACUGUCUUCAAGUUUAUCCAAUGCAUCACCCAUCGCUUCCACAAUUUGAACUGCACUUUAAAAGGAUGCUUUCUGUCAAGAUCACAUUUGUCCUCAAGGCCAUCAAUUUGCAGACAGUGAGACAUCGCGAGUUGCCGGACUGCUACGACUUUGCCAUUGCCAUCACUUUCAACAAUGGCGCUCACAGUGGCAGGAUAAAGGUUGAUCUGGAAACUGAUGUUGACAUAAACGAGUGCAGAGACUGGAAAGUAUCUGGAGCGUCGGCAAAAAGCAUAUACUUGACGGUGCUGUUCGACUGCCUCAUAGUUGUGAUGUGCAUCACCUCCUUCACCCUCUGCACCCGCUCAAUAAUCAAUGGCAUUCUGCUGCAGCAUGAAUACACUAGCUACUACAGGAAGCGCUGCGGAAAACACGUGCCGUGGUUAGACAAGUUGGAGUUUGUGAACGGUUGGUAUAUCCUGAUCAUCGUCAGCGACACACUCACCAUCAUCGGCUCCAUUCUCAAAAUGGAGAUCCAGACUAAGGUUGUCACAAACUACGAUGUGUGCAGCAUCUUCCUUGGCGUCGGUACAAUGUUUGUCUGGAUCGGUGUCAUCCGCUACAUGGGCUAUUUUAGGAAGUAUAACAUUCUCAUCUUGACACUCAGAGCAGCUUUCCCAAACGUUAUCCGUUUCAUCUGCUGCGCGGGAAUCAUCUACCUGAGUUACUGUUUCUGCGGCUGGAUCGUCCUUGGCCCCUUCCAUGAGAAGUUCAGGACCUUGAACACGGUGUCGGAGUGCCUGUUCUCGCUGAUCAAUGGAGACGACAUGUUUCCCACUUUUGUUAACAUGAAGCAGAAGAGCAGCCUGGUGUGGAUUUUCAGCAGAGUCUACCUUUAUACCUUUGUGUCGCUCUUCAUCUACAUGAUUCUAAGCCUCUUCAUCACAAUCAUCACUGACACCUACGACACAAUCAAGCAGCAGCAGCAGAGUGGAGUCCCAACAUCAGAGUUGCAGAAGUUCUUGUCAGUGUGCAACGAUCUGCCGAAUUCUGGCGUGUACAGGCUCGACAAGAGCAACCACAGUUUUCUUGACUGCUGUUUAAGGAGACGCUGGAGCCAACAAGAGGGACUGACUUCAGAAGCCUAGCAGGUCUUUAUAUACAGAUGAGCUGUUCACUUUAUCUGCAUCAAACUAAGACCUCUAGUCAUUAAUGUGCACUUUAUGCUGGUAUUAAACGUGUGUUACCCUCUUUGGCAUUCUCUUCAGAUAAAAACUUCAAACAGUGCCAUCAGUGCGAAAUCUUGCUAGUUUGGUGAAGUUGAGUUCCAUGCACUGCCAUGGCGGACACUUUCUUAAAAUGGUAUUGGAAUUAUGGCUUUACAUUUAUUAUAUUGACAAAUGUCACUGGAAAAAAAAACCCCACCAUAUAUGACUUAAACGAUCACUUGACUGUGAAUGUUUUCUUUGUCAAAACACAAAAUCAGCGCUCAAGCUCCAUACUAUUUUCUACUCAAGACACUACCUAACUUUUCUAUGAAGUGUUGUUACAAAGAAAAAUCCUGUCGCUGUACAGUUUUGACCACAAUAAAAUGGACAGUUUCUUCAAGUCUGCAAUCUGAUGCCUUUGAAUUCGAAUGCAUGGCCCACCGUUACAAAGAGACAUCCACAGAAUUUUGCUUGUGCCAAGAAAAAUUUAUUGACUUUGUGAUACCAAAACAACCAAAAACCUGAACCACCUCAGUGUGGAAGAAAAAAAAACCCGUAACAGUGACUGAAAACUAUUAUAAAGGUGCAUUAAGGAGUUUUUCAACUUUAAAAAUACUUAUUUUCCACCAUAAAUAUGUUACAAAUGUUCAAUGAUGUGUACAAUGUGCCCUGACAUAUUCAUUGCAAGUACCGCUAACAGCGCUAAAUUGUCACUUGAAAGUUGCAGUGCCGGUGCGGCACCAAAAUUUUUGGGGGACAAUUUGAGAUGAUAUGACGUAAUGCGUGCUUCCGCUGGCCUGAUAUCCUUAGGUUUCGUUUUGUCUGCCAUUACCCCGCCAGAUGGAUC